GGGCGGCUAAAGCGACGUGUCCUUGUCCCCCGUGGGCAGCCUCGGCGCGUGCAACCGCGGAUCUCCAGUUCUGAGGGCCUCUCUGCCAGCAGCCGCCGCCUGGGACAAGCAGUCCUGACCAUGAAGACCAAAAACCGGCCCCCUCGGCGCCGGGCACCAAUGCAGCACACUGAGGCCCCUGCCGAGGAGCAGACCCCCGACAGGCCCCAGCCUGGAGGUGGGUCAGAGCUGGCCAAGGGUCUGCGGAGCAGGACAUCCAGGGCGUCAGGGACACGGGCUGAGGGCGGGCGCCAGAGACAGGGACCGGGCAGCCGGCGUGAAAACAGCAUCCAGCGGCGGCUGGAGAGCAACGAGAGGGAGCGGCAGCGCAUGCACAAGCUCAACAACGCCUUCCAGGCCCUGCGAGAGGUCAUUCCGCACGUGCGCGCUGACAAGAAGCUCUCUAAGAUUGAGACGCUCACACUGGCCAAAAACUACAUCAAGUCGCUGACCUCCACCAUCCUGACCAUGUCCAGCAGCUGCCUCCCGGGCCUGGAGGGACCAGAGCCUGCACUGGGGCCCAAGCUUUACCAGCACUACCAGCAGCAGCAGCAGCAGCAGCAGCAGCAGCAGCAGCAGCACGUGGCUGGGGGCCCGCUGGGGAUCACAGAGGCCCAGCCCCAGGGCCAUCUGCAGCGGUAUUCCACGCAGAUCCACAGCUUCCGAGAGGGCAGCUAGCACCCAGACUGGGGCGGGACGGCUGUGGUGGCCCAGCCUGCUCCUCCCAGCCCUCUGUACCUGAGCCCCAGACCCGUGGUGAUGUCAGCUCUAAAAGGUUGUGGCCCCAGCAACUCUGUUUUCCCAGAACACUCAGCUCAGCCACUUCCCCGGAGCAGUUUUUUCCAGCCCACCCAAGGGACAAGCCGUUUCCUGGCCAUGACCCUGAGCAUAUAAAGCCUAAAGCCCCAAGAGGGUUCCAGGCCUGGCUGUUUUUGCAUUAAGCCGGUGGCUUUAUUGAAAGUGGAAAAGGCCCUCUUGCCUUCAUCAUUAAAUUCUCUUCCCUUUGCGUGACUCCCCCUGGGCAAGGGGGAUUCCAGAAAACUGUUUAUCUACAAGUUUCCCUGUGGCUUCUGAGGCCAAGCAGGGGUAGGAGCCCUUGUCUACCCUUCGCUAUAGGGCUCAGACCUCUGAUUUGGGUAAGCUGAGGCCUGCAGCCAGCAGGGUACAGCCAAGGCUCUUCUAGGAAUACAGCAGAACAAAGAUGGUGGCUUGUGGAGCAGCCAAACCCUAAUCAGAGGACCCUAAAUUCUUUCUAAAGGGAUCUGGUGCAAGGCUUUCUCCCUAAACCCUUCUGGGGGGCUUCUGGAGAGGCAGUAGUGCCCUGGGCUGUGCUUGACUAUGGAGGGUCUUUGUGGGGCCAGGUGCUGGUAGUUCUCCUGAGCCCCUGAGCAGAGAGGGUUUGGAGCUUUCUGCGUAGUGAAGUGUAGGGUGGCAGGGGCUUCCCUUCCCCACCUGCUGCUGCUCCCAAUGGCAGGGAUUGCAUGGCUUGGCAGCCCAGCUGCCUCAGGCCCAGCUUCCUUCUUUUGGGGCGUUCCUGCCCCACUGGCUCUGCCGGACGGGGCCACUUUGCUGUCAAGCCUGCUGGCAUCUCAUCUCCUUUGUCCCUUUGCACAGAGCUAUCCCAGAGACUCUAAGGACCUGGACAAGGGGGCCUUGCUGGACCAGGAGCUUGGCUGCCACAGCCAAGGCUGAGGCUCCUGCUGGCUUGCCUCCAACAUAUGGCCUUGCCCUCCCCAAACUUGGGCAGUAUGGCACUGCCUGUGGGCUCAGGGUCAGCCCUGGCCACGUGAAGGGUAGCAGGUGGCACCUGAAGGAACAGGCCUUUCCACUUUGGUCCUAACUCCCAGCCAGGUGCUCUGGAAGGAAGCCCUGGACACACUGGUCUCCCUGUCUCAAUGAGGCAAUCUCGUGUCCUUCCCUGUAGGCCUGGGAGUCUGAUUCCACUGCUCCAACUGUCCGUCUGGGUAAGGUAGGGAUGUGGGCCUUCCUGUCCGUCCCUUGUAGGUGGCCACUGGGGAAGGUCUAUGGUCAGGGCAUCCACCAGUGUGAGGUGAGGCUGGAUACAACUGCAAGCCUGAGACAGACCUAGCCCAGGUAUCUCUUGCUGCACCUGCAUCCCCUCCAAUUUCUGGAGGGUGACCUGAGCCUGGCUAGCCAGUCCUUCCUCACUUGUGGCUGGAGGGGAUCUGCAUGCCUUUGGCCACACUGCAAAGGUCCCUCAAAUGCCUCAAUUCUGCUUUGGGGUGUCAAAUUGGGGGACAACAGGGAACACACUGGUGGCCAGUCAGUAUGGCCUGUAGCUUUCUCUCCCUCAACCUUGUCUUGGUCCUCAGCCCAGGCUGGACUCUGUCAUCCCGAGGAAGGUCCUGUUGGUCCAUCAGGGCUAAACUUUCUCAAAUCCCCAGGUAAGCAGGUUGGAGCUGGGGGUCACUGAAGCCAGUGGCCAACCACCCUCCCCACAAGUGGAGAAGCCAGAACUGUGACUUUUCUGUCUGCGAAAAUCAAACUGAAACUGAGCGGCCUAUACCCUGCUGUCACUGUGGUAAAGAUAUCUCUUAACUGAUCCAAUUUUGCUUUUAUUUUUUUCUAACAGUGCCUUCAAAGUACGCAUGAAAUUGAUGCCUUGUCAUACAACAAAAAUAAAAGAUUUGAG